CAAAGUAGCUCUUUCUAAAACUACAGAGGAUAUUAACACGUGGGCUGAAUUUCAAACAACAUUAGUCACUUGUAAGUGUGUGUGAGUCUUUUUUCUCAGACUUGGUGAAGUCAUGAGGACAUCGGUUUAUUUAUCACUACUGAUCACAUUCUCCACCCUGGAUGCCUGCAGUUCUAGAAUCUGGGAGAUGCCAGUUCCAGAAGCACUUCAGGAUUGCUACAACCAGCUGGAGAACGCCAGCGUCAGCACGUAUGUGGGCAGCGUCUUCUGUUGGUACUGUGAACAUACAGUCAUGAACCUGUCCAGUGCAGUACCAAGCAACGAGGAAACUACAGAGUAUUUGAAUGAAAUCUGUGAGAAGGCCCUGGAAAGUCCCUAUAGAAGAAAACGCCAGGCCUCACAGUGUGUACGCAAAGAGUAUCGCAUGUUAACGGAGGAGGAAAGAAACAGAUAUCACAGGGCUGUAAACAUCCUGAAACAAGACACUUCCGUCCCUCCUAACAAGUACGAAGCGAUUGCCAACAUUCAUACAGGAACAACAAACCUGAUAGCUCACGGCGGUCCAGGAUUUCUUGGCUGGCACAGAGUCUAUCUCUUAAUUUACGAGACUGCACUACAAGAGGUUGAUCCAACUGUAUGCAUCCCCUACUGGGAUUCGACCCGUGACAACCAGUUAACGAAUCCCUUGUCAUCCACCAUAUGGUCUGAUUCCUUCCUGGGAACACCUCAAGGCGUAGUCACCAGGGGACCGUUUGCCAAUUGGAGAUUUGGAAACGGACAACAAUUGAUGAGGAAUGCAGGUGGAGAUGGAAACCUUUUAAGUGUUCGAAAUGUACAAGACAUUUUAUCCAGAAACAGUUAUAGAGAUAUCAUGAAUACCAGAGUCCCACGAUAUAACUUUGAGCAGAAUCAUGGAUCAGUCCAUAUCUAUAUAGGCGGCUCUAUGUCCAGAUUAACCACGGCGCCCCAGGAUCCAAUAUUUUUCAUGCACCACUGCUACAUGGACUACCUGUGGGAGCAGUUCCGUAGUAGACUAAAAGGGUUAGAGAUUGAUCCUUCAGUCUAUCCAGACAUUGCAACGACUAAAAGGCACUUACCAGACGCCCCCACUGGAUUUCCCAACUACACCCAAGAAGACGCCUACUCUGAAGAACUGGCCACAACAGUGAUGUAUGAAAGCGUUCCAUCUUGCACGACCAGAUCUCCAGCGUGUGGAAAUAGGUUUCUAGUAUGUCACUUCGCCAGCGGGCGCUGCAUUCCAUCGACCACUACACAAGUGAGAGUCAAACGAUUUAUCAAAGCAGGCAGCUUGGAGGACACCAAAUGCGCGAGCCAGCCCAGCUUCGGGGUUCCGAUCCAGAACGAUUUCUGCUGCAAUCAGAUCUGUGACGUUAAGGAAUGGGCGAUACUUCCGGUAAAGAUUGUAAACAUGAGACCCCCGAACUUACAGCGGUACAGCAGCUAUCCGGUCAGGAGAGGAAUGGUGGACAGUCAUCAAGAUAUUUAUUCACCAACUGCUUACAAUAAAACCAGAAUAUUCAUUUCCAGCCUACAAGGGAAGCCAAAAACCUACGAGCGAUGUAACUUCGACACUCCAGUAGCCCAGGUGUUUGUGUACUCUCAAGGCAUCAACUACGUCGGCUACUACAAAGAGUCAGCCAUCGUUGAUCAGAGGCUCCCUGUGUCCAUCUCUAUUGGAUAUGUGGCCGUGAAGAAGCCAUCUCCUGGAGGUAUAACCCAAGCUUUAAUCAGAGCCCAUGAUUCCUGUGGACGUGUUUGUCAGUUGGCCUGCAAAGAUGCGUCCAGCAGCAAAUACACACAGUGCUCUGGGGCUAUUGCUAUCAGCGAGGAAAAACCUUUGAUGUUUGCCUACACUUUUGACGAUGCUGUAAUGAAUGCAUUUGACUAUAAGAAUGACAAAGAGUGUCCAGGAUUUGCUACAGACAACUUCUACCUAACCAUCUACUGUGACUACCACAAUAAUUUCCCUUACGCAGAAACAGAUCAUAAAUAGGCUACUACAGAUGUGUGUGUAAGAUUCAAGCAAAGAACAUGUACAAUAUAAUCAGUUUUAUUUUAAAUUUUGAGCCAAACAAAAUGGAUCAAUGUCAUCUAGGACUUAUAAAAGUUUGUGAAAAUAAAAAAAAUGGAUUUCAACGAUUAAAAUACUCUUUUCCAUUUAUAAUGAAAUGAA